AUGUAUGAAAAAGAAAUGUUGAAUGAAAUUGCUCAAAGGCUUCCAGUUGAAGACGUGCCAUUGACAGUAGAUUGGCAAGAAAAGUUCGAGGAUUUGGAAGUAAAGAAUGAAGAUUUGAGGCUGACAAUUGCAGAAAAAUGGUGUGAGUUACAGAGCAGGAAAGAGGACGGCCUCCCCAUUGAUAGGCUGAACAGGAAAUUCCAGAUGAUACCCAAAAAGUCGAAUGAACAGGGAAAUGCUACUCCAACAAUGCCUGUUAUGGGGGGCUCUGAAGAAAAUCUCACACAGUUCGAUAUUGAAGUUUCACAGUUUAAAAUUUGGGCUAGAUCUGAUUUGGAGCGAAAGGUGAAAGAGCUGCAAGAGGAAAAGAGCAUGCCAGAACCAUCACAGACUGAAAAGGCUGAACUCCAACAAACAGCAGCGACACAAGUUCUGGGUAAUAUUGAAGUGGAAAUUGGUUCUCUUAGAGAUAGACAGGGUGCAUCGCUUGAAGAAAUGUUGCCGAAUAUGCAGUUUAUGCCUUUGGUUUGUGAGCUGCCGAGUCUCAAAGAACUGCAUACCGUGCCGAUGGAGAAACUGAUUGACCUGGCCAUCCAUGGGAAGGGUAUUUAUACGAUGAGUACUCAAAAUAUCUACAAGCUGAAAUUAUGGGAGAUCCUUAUCCAUCCUUAG